AUGACUAGAAUAGAUGAUGUGAUCUAUGACACGACGUUCAAGUCUUGGACAGAGAUGACACCAUCUACUUACUAUCUAACACCUUCCAAUUUCCAACUUCCAGCAAAAGCAACAAUAGAUAGAUGUACAUUAUCAUCUGAUAACAAGUGUAGAUAUGAUAUAAUACCUAAGCUACAUGUCAAUAUAUACCUAGUUGAGUAUGAUGUACAGAGUCUUAUAGUUAGAGCUUCUGAUGCUAGCUCCCUUCAUACAUACAUAUAUACCUAUGUUGCACGGCACUUACUAGGUAGAUACCCUCAAUUGCCCUCUGUACCUUCUAGCCGUGAUGAUGGCCGUAUGACCAUUGCGACUCAAGUGAUUAGUGUAGUCUCUGUAUUAAUAAUCUGA